AUGCCGGGGGAUCCCAAGGUGAUAGGACCAUGGAACAUAGGGAGAACCAUUGGAAAGGGAGCUUGUGGUACAGUUAAAAUCGCAAAACAUCAACGGACAGGGGUUUACGCAGCAGUCAAAAUCAUACAAAAGACGAAGGUCACUUCGAAAGGUCAGCCUGAGAUGUCAAGUACAGCUACCGAUCAACCUGUACUGGGUAUUGAGAGGGAAAUUGUCAUCAUGAAAUUAUUAGAACACCCCAAUGUCAUGGGAUUAUACGAUGUGUGGGAAACCUCGAAAGAGCUAUUUUUGAUUCUAGAAUAUGUAGAAGGUGGAGAGUUGUUCGAUUAUCUCGUAUCAAAAGGUCGUCUACAUCCUGACGAAGCUUCACAUUACUUUCAACAAAUCAUCUCCGCCGUCGACUACUGUCACAGAUUCAACAUCUGUCAUCGUGAUCUCAAGCCAGAGAACAUCCUCCUGGAUGCGAAUAGGAAUGUCAAGAUUGCCGAUUUCGGGAUGGCUGCGUUGGAGUACAAAGGCAAGAUGUUGGAAACCAGUUGCGGGAGUCCUCAUUAUGCCAGCCCGGAAAUCGUCUCUGGACAUCAAUAUCACGGAGCCGCAUCUGACAUCUGGUCAUGCGGUAUCAUUCUCUUCGCUCUACUCACUGGUCGCCUGCCCUUUGAUGACGAAAACAUCCGAAUCUUACUUGGGAAAGUCAAGAACGGCCGAUAUUCCCUCCCAGAGGACAUGGUAUCCGACGCGAAGAACCUCAUUGUGCGAAUGUUGGUCACAGAACCCGAGAGACGUAUCUCGAUGAGAGAUAUCAUCAAUCAUCCCUUUUGUCGAAGACGAGUGGCUACCGGCUCUGGACGUCACUUGCGGGCCGUAGAACCCCCUCGGUUGGACAGGAUUGACAUGGGCAUUCGCAGUAUCCACAACCUUGACAAAGACAUUGUGCAAAAUUUACAGGCGUUGUUCAAACAUACUCCAGCUAUCAGACUCCUUCACAGUCUUUUGACCCCCGGGUGA